AUGAACAGGCGAAGAAAGAGAGGUGCACUUCAAGGAAUGUGCAAAAAAGCACCUUACCUAGGGAUGUGGCUUCAUGGGCCUAGCUCCAGAACGAUAUCUGCUGUUCCAGGCAGCACAUGUUACAGCUUCCAGGGACAGAAUCAGCAGCCCUCUGGGUUCCGACAAAGUCAACAGCCUUCACAAAAUUAUGGAGCUCUUGGUUACCCCAACUUCUAUCAUUCGCAGUCUGGAAUUUCUCUAGAGCAUCAGCAGCAAAACUCCCGAGAUGGGCCACUUGUUGGCUCUCAAGGCCAGCCUCCUAAGCAGUCCCAGCAGAUAUGGCAAAACAGUUACUAUGCCACCACGUCUUCCCUCUCCGGUUUUUCAGGGCUUUGUAAGGAGUUUGAAAAGUGGCCAAUCAAGGCAAUCUGGGCUCAGUGCAAGUUUUAUAGUGUUCGAACGAGGACUUGA